AUGCGCAGCGUGCCUCCUCGCGUCUCCAGCGCCGCCAACGCGGUCGCAGCCGCCUCCGCGCGGCUCUCCAUGACGGCCGAGUCGACCAAGGCGCUCUGGGACGGACUGUACAGGAAGAUCGCGCAGCUCUCGACGCCGUCCGAGCCGCACAAGCCCCGAGCUGCAGUCGCGACCGAGCGCACGCCGCUGCUGCUCUUCGAUGCGACGGUGGCGCCCAGCGGCGGCGUCGAGAACGAGGAGGCGUCGCUCACGGGGUGCGUCAAGCCCGCGUCCUCCAGACGCCACAACAGCGAGUGCCAGGCGCUGCUGCGUCUCGCCUUCCAGAUGCUGCUCUUCGCCAUCGUGGACUUCGCGCCCAACUUCCUCAGCGGCGUGCUCACGGGCCACCUCAGCGCCGCGCACAGCAGCGAGUUCAUGGCGGCGCGCAGCCUGGCGCUCAUCUUUAACAUGGUCACCAGCACGACGCUGAUCGCCGCCAUGAGCGCCGCCAUGGACACGCUCUGCGCGCAGGCCUACGGCGCCGGCCAGCUCCGCGAGCUGGGGCUCUUCUUCCAGACCGGCCUGCUCGUCUUCUGCAUCGGCUUCCCACCCGUCGCCAUCGCCAGCUUCUACUGCGUCGAGCUGCUCGAGUUGGCCGGUCAGAGGCGUGAGCUGGCGCAGCUGGUGCACAGCUUGGUGCUGCUGGCGCUGCCCGGGGUGCCCUUCACGGCAGUGAACGCCUUGAUGUGCAAGAUACUGCAGGGCCAGAGUCGCGUGGAGCCCCUUGUCGGUGUCGGGCUCAUGGCUAGUGUCGUGCAGGCCACGCUGCUGUACGUGUUCAUGUUCCGGACGCCGCUGGGGUUCACCGGCUCAGCUCUAGCCAUCUCAGCGACCAUGGCCUGCUACGCCAUUGUGUUGGCGACGUACUUGUACCGCAGUGGGCUCUACCAGCGUGAGUGGCCGGGGUGGCAUUUCUCGGAGGCGGUACGGCUCAUGCCCGAAUUUCUGCGUCUGGGUGUCUCCGGGAUGGCCAUGUUCGUGUGUGAAGUCUGGGGGUUCGCAGCAGUGGGGCUCUCGUCCGGGAUGCUGCCUCAUGCCGCCGCCGUAGUGAGCGCGGACUCGAGCUACGGCAAUCUCCGCUGGCUUGGUGCGCUCUGGUACGCAGCUAUCUCGCUCGCGGGUUCUGUUCGGGUCGGGAACGCCCUGGGGGCUAACGACCCAGCACGUGCGUGGCACACGGCGAAGCUGGCGUUGGGCUUAAGCUCGGUGUGCGCCCUCGUCGCCUCGGUGGCGAUGCUGCUGCUGCAUGGCGUGCUCCCCUUCGCCUUCACAAGUGACGAGCGCGUGGUGUCGAUUACGUCGAAGCUGCUGCUCGUGACCAGUCCGCUGCAAGUCUUCGCCGCUAUCUCGUCGGUUUCUCAAGGCAUUUUCCGCGGAUGUGGGCUACAGUCGCUCGGUGCGAAGGUGAACUUUGUCUGCUACAUCCUGCUGGCUGUACCGUUGGGGUUGCUCUUGGCUUUCCCACUUGAUAUGGGACUGCUGGGACUUUGGCUCGGGCUGAAUGCUGGCUUCAUCGCAUCUGGGCUCUUCAGCACGUACUGGUUGGCAUUCCGAGCGGACUGGGCGAUGCUGGCGUACCAGGCAGUGGAGCGGACUACAUGCGGGGCUCCAAGCAGCGAUGAGCUCGGGAGCGAAGGCUGCCACCUGCCGUCUCCAAUGGCUACUCGGGACGUCUCUUACUCGAUAGAACCAAUGCACGAGCCUUCUGCCGAUGAGCUUCGGCCAUCUACAAGUUCUAAGUGA